AAGCUGCGCAGAAUGUGAUCGUUUUCUCUUUAGAUGCGAUUAUGUAUUGUGUUUUAUUUGACACGGCGGGAUUAGUGAAUUUAUAUGGUUAUGAUCGAAAAUAUUUGUAUUUAAAUUAUAUAUAUUAAUUAAUAGAUAUAAAAUAUGGAAGCUAUUUGGAAUAGAAUUCACAUUGAACAUCCACCAAAUAUCACGUGGCGUAUCGAAGCUCAGAAAUUUGAUGUCACAGGACUUAAGAAGACGUUAAAACAUAUUAUUAAGGAUUUAGAAUCCCGAAAUGAUAUGCACACAGAAGCAGCAAUAUUAAGUAGAUUAAUCUAUCGUAUGAAAUGUAAAUUUCGCAAUGACAAAGGUUUUAAGAAUAUGGAGAAAGUAAACAGAGCUUUACUCAAUUAUUUGAAUUUAGGACUUGAAAAGGAAUACAAGAAUUUUGAAAGUUAUAUAGAAUUAAGUGGUAUAUUUGUUACUUUGCCAAGCAAACAAAUGUUAGAGUACAUUCUUGUCAGAACUCAAGGUUUUGCAAAGCUUUUAGCAAGAGUGGAAGAAGUUGCAAAGUGCGCUGGUACAUAUUUACGAACUCGUAUUAUAUUAGGUCAUGCAUGGACUAUUACACUUGUAGCAUAUGCUAUCAUUAGUAGAAUUUGGAUCUUAUCAAAAUAUUUAGUUAAAAGAUCUUGCAUUUGGUAUAAUGGUCUCUAUCAAUUUUUGAAUACAUUCAAAAUGAUAGGUUAUCCCUGGCUUUUGAAAAAAGACGACUUACCAUCUGAUUUAAAAUCAUGGCUUGCUUUAUCAUGGCUCGAUGAAAAUAAAUCAAGCAUGCCCGAAGAAAAUAUUUUGAAGGACAAGAUGUUCAAAUUAAUUAAUGUACAAGAUGAUAAUUUAGACAAUGAUUUAACUUCUGACUUUCAAGAUAAGUUGACAGAAUUAAAUACUACUGAUUUUAUCUGUGGUGUAUCAGAAAAUAUUUCGAAAUCAAACAUUUCAAAAAAUGUUGGUGAACUUUCCAUUCAUAUGGACGAUGAUCUUGGAGAAGUUGUCAAUCGUUCAAGCUCUGCAUUAAAUUUUAAUAAGAAAAAACGUAAGAAGAAAGAAUCACUAGGAGAGCAAAAAUUGUCACUAAAUAAUGAAGGGAAUGAGAGUGAUAGAAAACAAACAAUUACAUUCACACCUAAGAAACCAAAACAAAAAGAAGAAAAAAGCUCUUCUUUACUUAAUGACUGUAGAACUACAUUAUGUCAAUUGGAACCUAAAGCAAAGAAAAAGAAAUUAAUUCAAUCAUGUAAUACAAUCUCAAAUAAAAAUGUUACUCCUAAUUUUGAUAAUAUGAAAAAAUCAGAUUUGAAUAUACUUUUAAAUAAAAAUUGUUAUCCAGGAAUAAGUAAGUUACAAUGGAAAAUUGUUAAAAAAAAGUGCAAUAAACUACUGAGGCAAUCAAAAAAAUGUACUGGCGAAAAGAAACAAUUAUUAAUUAAGAAAGCAAUUAAUAUUAUACGAAUUUGUAUUCCUAUUAUUACAUGA